CGGAGCAGGAGCGAGUGCAGGGGCGAGUGCAGGACCAGCAGGCACAAGAAAAACAGCAGACGCAAGCCGCCGAAGAACUCGGACAACAGAUCCCUCAGAAAAGCCUGCAACCUUCAUCUCAACAAGAGCAAACCCCUCAACCGCCUCUACAGCAACCUCACCCGAGCAUCGUUUCCUCCGGUUAUAAAGCGGCCUCCAUGGACUCCGUACCGGCCAGUCAGCAUAUGCAGGCUCAGCCUCAGCAGUUCCAUACCCAGCAAUUGUAUAAUCCUCUUCAACAAUACCAGCAGUCACAGUACAACCCCCAGCAUAGCCCCCAGCAGCAGCAGAUGAACGCCUAUGGCCUCAAGGCGCCGCCAGCCAUGGCAUUUGGCGCCUCCUCCACUACCGUCGAAGAGCGCGCCACUCACCUGCUGGCAGCCUGUGAGUCCUGCCUCGUGGUCUCGCGUAUACCGGGUGUCGACAUGUCAUUCCGCCGCAUUAUGGAGCGCAAAUGUCCUCGUUGUGGAGGCACCCUGGUGCUUCCUCAGGAGGUCAUGGAGAUGCUCAUCCUCUACGGCAAUUUCGUUACCGAGUCGGUGGCCGUCGCGCUCGUGCUGGGCACUAUGGUGCUUCAUCCAUCACUACGGGCGGAUUUUAUGGCGGCUGCGAUGAACGAUUUGCUCACUCCACUCCAGACCGACUUUGUCUAUGAUGUGGCUGUACCCAAGCGGCCAGAAGGACUGGGCAUGUCCCUGCGAAUGAAUCAGGGAAAUCUUGUGGUUGGCGGCUUCAUCGACUUUGAGAAUAAUCAGGAGAGUCCAUCCGUUGCUGCUCGGAUCAUCGCUGUGGACGACAUUUUGGUGGCGAUCAACAAAAAAUCCAUCACGUCGUGGACAUUUGAGAAGAGCAUUAGCAUGUUGGCUCAUGCGGCGUCGCCUGUGUACUUAACUUUCCGGCGCCGCCAGCUGGUCAUAUUGCUCUAG